UCCGCUGUGAGCGCGUGCAGGCAGUCAGCAGGGGGCAUCCAGUGAGUGGAAAUAUUCAUCAAACUAUGCAUUAGAGGAGCGAGCAUCGCUCCGCAGCAGGCAGCCUCUGCGGGUGGAUGGAGCAGGCAGGCAGCCUAGCUUGAUCCUGCCCCUGGCUGCUUUUUUUCUGCUCAUAUUGGAUCAUAUUGUUCCUCCUGCAGCCCCCCCACUCUGGCUGGGAGGGAAGGAACAUGGCGACGGUACCAGUCUAUUGCAUCUGCAGGCUGCCUUACGACGUGACCCAGUUUAUGAUCGAGUGCGAUGCCUGUAAGGACUGGUUCCACGGCAGCUGUGUUGGGGUUGAUGAAGACGACGCUCCGGACAUCGAUAUCUACCAUUGCCCCAACUGCGAGAAGACCCAUGGCAAAUCUACCUUGAAAAAGAAAAAGAACUGGAGCAAAUAUGACACCGGGCAAAGCGCAGACAUCCGAGCGGUUCAGAACGGCAGCCAGGUUUUCAUCAAGGAGCUGCGGAGCCGGACCUUCCCCAGUGCCGACGACAUCGUGGUGAAGCUGAGCGGCAGCCAGCUGUCCAUGGACUACUUGGAGGAGAACGGCUUCAACGAACCCAUCAUGGUUCAGAAGAAGGAUGGCCUGGGCCUGUCCAUGCCCGCCCCCACCUUCUACAUCAGUGACGUGGAGAACUACGUUGGUCCAGACGUCACCGUCAACGUGGUGGACGUCACCAAGCAGACGGACAGCCAGAUGAAGCUCAAAGAGUUUGUGGAUUAUUACUACAGCACCAACAGGAAGAAGGUUCUGAACGUGAUCAACCUGGAGUUCUCCGACACCAGGAUGAGCUCCAUCGUAGAGAGUCCUCAGAUAGUGCGGCGCCUGUCCUGGGUGGAGAACUACUGGCCCGACGACGCCCUGCUGGGGAAACCCAAAGUCACCAAAUACUGUCUGAUCUGCGUGAAGGACAGCUACACGGACUUCCACAUCGAGUGCGGCGGCGCCUCCGUGUGGUACCACGUCCUGAAGGGAGAGAAGAUCUUCUUCCUUAUCAAGCCCACCUCUGCCAACCUGUCCCUGUAUGAGCGCUGGAGGUCAUCGUCCAACCACAGCGGCAUGUUCUUCGCCGACCAGGUGGACAAGUGCUACAAAUGCACCCUGAAGCAAGGCCAGACACUCUUCGUCCCAUCAGGAUGGAUCAACGCCGUGCUGACCCCGGUCGACUGCCUGGCUUUCUGUGGACACUUUGUCCACAACCUGAGUGUGGAGAUGCAGAUGAGAGCGUAUGAAAUCGAGAAGAGGUUGAAGGUGAAGACUCUGACCCCGUUCCCCAACUUUGAGACGGCGUGCUGGUAUGUGGGACGCCACCUGCUGGAGCGCUUCAAAGGUUUACACAAAGCCAACAAGCAGCCCGCAGCAUACCUGAUACAUGGCGCCAAAAUCAUCAAUGGAGCCUUCAGAGCGUGGACCAAGAAACAGGCUCUGCUGGAGCACGAAGACGAGCUUCCAGAGAACAUGAAACCCUCCCAGCUCAUCAAGGACCUCGCCAGGGAGAUCCGGCUGUCAGAGAAUGCAACCAAAGCCAUCAAGACUGAAACCAGCAUCAAGCUGCCUGCAGAGGAGCCGGCUGGGACCCACUCUGAGGCCGAGGAGCUUGUUUCCCCGCCGCGCAGCCCUUCCCCCAGCAGAGAGAGGCCCAAGAAAAAGGCCUCCAAGGUCCCCAAGCCUGCAAAGGUCAAAGACGGAGAGAAGAAGAAAGUGAAGAAGACCAAGGAGCCAUCACCGCCUCCAAAGCCCUCCAGCUUCGCUGCCCUGGAGUCCCAUGCCAAGGAGAUCCUCAGCAAGAUGGACCAGCAGAAAAAGCCAAAGGUUGUUAAAAAUGUCCUCAGCGUGUCUGAGAAAGAGACGUCAAAGCAGAACAACAUGGACAAGUUUGACAUCAGAGAACAGAACAAAAACAAGACCGAAGCUAAAUGGAAAUACAAGAACAGCAAGCCAGACUCCCUGCUGAAGAUGGAGGAGGAGUGUCGGUUGGACAGAACGCCGCUGUCCGGGAACAAAGACCGCUUCAGCUUCAGCGUGUCCCACAGGAAGCUGGGCAGCUCCAAGACACUGAAACCUCAGACCAACUCCAGUGUUUUUGGAUCUUUACAAAACCUGAAGGAGGACAAAAGCAAAGCGGUGAGAGACGAGUAUGAGUACGUGUCGGACGAAGGUGAGCUUAAGAUCGACGAGUUCCCCAUCAGGAGGAAGAAGAACGCCGUGAAGAGAGACCUUUCCUUUCUGUCGGACAUCAGAGAACCUCUUCAGCCCGCCAAGAAGCCAAAGUUCCAGCCUCCGGUGAGCAAGGUGGGUUUGGUUGAACAGAACCAGAACCGAAUUCUCUGGGGCCGUCUUUGUCUGGGUCCAUGCAGGCGUUCUGUGGGAACGGGCUAUUCUGGAUGGAGAAACACCAGGGAACCAGAACUGGUCCGGAUGGAGAAACACCAGGGAACCAGAACUGGUCCGGAUGGAGAAACACCAGGGAACCAGAACUGGGAACCAGAACUGGUCCGGAUGGAGAAACACCAGGGAACCAGAACUGGACCGGAUGGAGAAACACCAGGGAACCAGAACUGGUCCGGAUGGAGAAACACCAGGGAACCAGAACUGGUCCGGAUGGAGAAACACCAGGGAACCAGAACUGGUCCGGAUGGAGAAACACCAGGGAACCAGAACUG